AUGCCUCGUCUCCUCGAGCUGACCGCGGUCCCGGCCGGCUGGCCCCUGGAGACCGUCCUCGACGCCUUCGUGCACUUGGCGUGGGGGGACUCUGCUUGGGUUCCCGGUUCGCAGCGUGCCAACGAGGCGGUGGCGGCGCGGCUGGUGGAGCUCUGGGCCGCGCGGCCGGCGGAGGCGGCGGCCUGGCGCGGUCUGAACGAGGACCGCUCCCAGGAGCGGCUCGCCGAGCUGCUCCUCCAGCACGCGCGGAGCGAGCUGAGCCGGUGCCACGUCAUCUCCUUCUCGGAGGCGGGGCUGGAGCGAGUGGCUUGGAGUUGGACGUUUUGGCCGGAUUGGGAGGCUCACGUCCGCUUUCGCUGCUCGGAGCUCGCUGGGCGGCUGGCAGCGGUUGAGGCGGAGGCCGAGGAGACGGCGCGGAAGCGGCAGAGAUUGGAGGAGAGGGGCCAGGAGGCGCAGCUGCGGGAGGAGAAGAGGCAGCUGCGAGAGGAGGUCGCCCAGCAGAAAUUGCAGAACUCGCAGCUCAACGCCAGCUUGGAGGCGGCGCAGGCCGCAACUGCAGAGACGCAAGCGGAGCUCCAGGCCGCGAAGUGCGAGUGCGAGCUGCUCACGGAGCGCCUGGCGGCGGCAGAGGCUACCUUGGCGGACAAGGCGCGCGAGCUUCAAGCUGCGCAAGACGACGGUGCUGCGCAGAAGCAGCCUCGCGAGCAGCUUGCGCGUCGCGUGGAGGCGUCGGACAAGCGCGAUCAGGAGCGGCGAGCGGAGAGUGCGAAGCCCCAGAGCCAGAUCGAGCAUCUCAGUGGCAGCUUGGAGGCGGCAACGGCAACAGCAGCACGGGAACUCCGGGCAGUGCAAGAGGAGCUCCGCGACCGGCUCUGCAAGCACUUCUCCGGAAGCAAGGCGGAGUUGCAGGCUUUGCUCGAGCCGCUCGCGUGCGCCUUGGCAGAGGGAUCGUGCGGAAUCAAGACGGACUUGCAAGCCUUGCUGGAGAACGCGGUGUACAAGGAUCGCUGCGAGCAGCUCAAGCAACAGCUCGCAAAGGCAGAGGCGAAGCUGGGCCAGAUGCAGGUGCUGUGGGAGGAGAAGGGUGUGUACAAGGAGCGCUGCCGCCAGCUGGAGCGCCAGCUUGCCGAGGCGAAGAAGCAAGCAGCCCAUCGCACGGCCCUUCACACGGCUGUUGCCCACGAAGAUCCUGAAGAGGCCUCCAGCAGCCGCGAUUCCGACCUGACGGAUCAGCUGGGGUACAUCCUGGUGGAUGACGCCGCAUCCUCAAUCUCCAGCGGCUCGUCUGGCUCGUCCUGGUUCUCUGUGCAGCCCGACUGCUUCGUCCCGGAGUCCGUCUUCAAGACCCGCGGCUGUGGCACCGACUUCUUCCUGAUGGGACGGGACCUCAAGAAAGGAUCGCAGGUGGUGGCCGGCGACGACGAGACCAUCUUGGAGGUCUGCGAAGUUCCGGAGGUCUGCCGCGCCACGGAGCUCGUCCACUUGCAGGCCGGAGCUGCGACAUUGAGGGUGACGAAAGACCACCCCGUGCAGGUGCCGGAGGACCAGGAGGACAAGGAGUAUGAGGGGGACGCGGACAAGGAGGAGAUCGGCGUUGGUAGUUGCAAGUUCGUCCCGGCUGGCUCCCUGAAGACGGGCGACUUGGUGAUGUUGGAUUCGGGAGAGCCCGCGGCCCUCACGAGUGUCGACGUUCAGCCCGUGGAGUGCGACGUGCUGAAGCUUGCUUUCCGGCCGAACAUGGCCGUGGCAGUGUUCUCCUGCCCUCCCUGCAUCCUCAGCAAGGGCUCCAAAACGAAGCCCAAGACCCGCCGCGGGAAGAUGUGCCAGAGGCGCGUUCAGGGCUCGCCCGAAGAGGAGCUUGGUGAGGAGAGCGCAGACGGAGGAGCGUCCAUGCCCAACACGGCCGGCGGAGAGUACAUGGUGGUCCAAGGUGUUCAGUGCACGGAUGCCUGCCAGUGCCUUACGCUGCUUGGGCUCCUUACCGAAGUGAUCUCGCCUCGCAGCGACAUCUCGGCGAGGAGGGGUGCCAAGAAUGCACUGGCAAAACCCUGGCCUCAGCGCGCCUCUUGCGUGAAAGAGGCUCGAGCGACGGUGAGAGGCGAGUUCGGCCAGCGUUCCCUGAGCCGCCGUUGCCACUUCCGUGAGCUGGCGGGAGGCUCUUGUCGCCAGCUGGCCCGCAAAGUUUUGAAGACCAGGCCAGGGAACAAGGUCCCCUCAAGCCGGACUCGGCCUCUCAGCUGCGAGCUGGAGGCCAUCCUGCAACACUGCAACUCCUCUGGCGGCCUCUCCGGCGCAAGCACCGUGAGGAUGGUGGGGGAGCUGAUGCGGACUUGGCCAGAUGCUCGGGAGGCGCUGCGUGCCAAGUCAUGCCAAGUCCCAGGAUCUUGGGAGCUUGUGGGGGAGAUCCCGUGGAGUCGCCGGGCGCAGCAAGGCAUGCAGCAUGACCUUGUGCUCCUUUUUCGUUCUCAAGAUCGCCACAUGCCGAAGCUCUGGGAGCUGACCGCGGCCCCGGCCGGCUGGCCCCUGAAAACCGUCCUCGACGCCUUCGUGCACUUGGUGAGGCUCAACCCUAAUCACCUCGGUGUGCAGCGCGCCGAUGCGCAGCGCGCCCAAGAGGCGCUGGCGGCGCGGCUGGUGGAGCUCUGGGCCGCGCGGCCGGCGGAGGCGGCGGCCUGGCGCGGUCUGAACGAGGACCGCUCCCAGGAGCGGCUCGCCGAGCUGCUCGUCCAGCACGGGCGGAGCGAGGUGAGCCGGUGGAGGGUCAUCUCCUUCUCGGAGGCGGGGCUGAAGCGAGAGGCUGUGAGUUGGACGCCUCCGCCGGAGUGGUGGGAGGCUCGUCUCCGCCCUCGCUGCUCGGAGCUCGCUGGGCGGCUGGCAGCGGCCGAGGCGGAGGCCGAGGAGACGGCGCGGAAGCGGCAGAAAGUGGAGGAGAAGGAGGCGCAGCUGCGGGAGGAGCGCGCCAAGUGCCGAGAGCUCUCAGACCGCCUAGCCGCGGCAGAAGAACGGGCAGCACAGCUCCAGGCAGCACAUGACGAGCGCGGCCGGCUCGCAGAUCGCCUGGCUGAGUCAGAGGCAUCGGCCGCAAAGGCAGCCGAGCGGGAAAGCGAGCUCGGCAAGUCGAAGCAGCGCUGCCGACAGCUGGAGCGUCGCCUGGCGGCGGAAGAGCGCUGCCAGCAGCUGUACCGCCAGCUGUUGGAGGCAAAGGAGGAGGCCCUGCGGCUGAACGCUGGACCGGUGCUCUGCGAUGGCCCUGCGUCGCUGGGACGCGGCGUGGCGGAAGAGGACGUCGCCUCAUCGAUCCUGAGCCGCUCCUCCUGGUUCUCCGUGAAGCCGGACUGCUUCAUGCCGGACGCAAUCUUCAAGACCCGGAGCUACGGCACCGACUUCUUCCUGAUGGGCCGGGACCUCCAGAAAGGGUCGCGGGUGGUGGCCGGGGAUGACACCAGUCUCUUGAAGGUUGUGGAGGUGAAGAAAGACCGAGCCACCGAAGUCGUCAACUUGCAGGCUGGGGCAGCGUUGCUGCGGGUGACCUCGAACCAUCUGGUCCAGACCCACCAUGUCGAGGGUUCGGGCUACGUGGAAGCAGGCGACUUGAAGGCAGGCGACCUGGUGAUGAUGGAUUCUGGCGAGCCCACGCCUCUGACAAAGGUCGACGUCCAGCACAAGCCGUGCGAGGUGCUGAAGAUCGUGUUCGAGCCCGACUUGCCCAUCGCCGUCUUCUCUUGCCCACCCUGCAUCCUCAGCAAGGGCCAGAAGAGGAAGGCGCCAACUCGCCGCGGUGGGAUGUGGCAGCGGGGCGCACGACAGGCCGACCAGACGGCAGAUGGACGUUUCUCCAUUCCCAACACAGCUGGCAACACGUACUGA